AUGGCAGGCCAUUCUACCGCACUAUCGGAAGUUCCUACGUGGGAAUCAGUAGUCUCUGAUAUCCUAUUCAUCGUCUUCAUUUGGAUCGAGCUCCAGAGGCCAAAAGGGUACAAGCACCAGCUCAGAAUUGAUGCAGAGAGCAGUGACGACGCCUCCAACGACCCAGAAGAUUGGGAAGACAACUCUGUUAAUCCAGUCAGCGACUCUCAAGCCUUGGACGGGCUCGAAGACCUCAACCACAACAAGGAUGAUUCCAACAACCACGAAGACUCGGAGCAAAGGAAGGACCAAAGUCAGAACAUCUAG